AUGAUGAAGGUCCUAGAGGGAUUUUUUUGUCUAGUUUUGUUGGCUGUUUUUUGGAGCUCCACUAAUGCAGAGCAACAGGACUUCAUGUUACUAGCUGGCCCUCUGAAAACCAGCCAGACUUCACCACCACAUGAAGACAAUGCAUUUAACUGUGGAGGUCCACUGCCUCAACAAUCCAGAUCCUACUUUCAGUUCCUUCAGAGCAAAGGGGUGACCCACUUUAAAGUCCCCCUCUCCUGGUCACGCAUCCUUCCCUCAGGUGAUCCCAACCAGCCACAUGAAGACACUGUGAAGUGCUACAAGAUACUCGUGCAGCAGCUGACUGAAUCAGGCAUCAAACCUCUGCUGGUUCUCCAUCGUUCUGCUGUACCAGAAGUCUUCAGAGCCAGAUUUGGAGGCUGGGAAAAUCCAUUACUGGUGCAGAUGUUUGAGCAGUAUGCAGGAUUUGUGUUCACUACAUUUAGGGACCUUGUGGACACGUUCAUUACCUUCAGUCACCUGCACGAGCUACAUGAAGUGCAACUUCAAAAUGCUGUUCAGUCCCAUGCAAAUGUUUACAGUGUCUAUCAUCAAAUGUUCAAAGCACUUCAAUUUUCUGUUGGUAUCAGACCCAGGGAUAUUAACUCUAUUCAUGAAAUGGAAUCAAAAAUCUUGGCAUAUGUGGAUUUCAUCUCUCUGCACAUGCAGUACAACUGCAAGUUGGAGAAACCUCUUACAGAGGAAUUGAGGAAGCUACAAAUUGGCAAUGGUCAAAAGCCCAUCCUGAUGUAUCAGCUGACAAUCGAAGACUGUGAUGGAUAUGAAAGUACUUUCCAGCCACUUCACACAAUUCUCAGAGUUUUACAGAACAAAGAUCUUCACGUCGUGGGUUGUGAUAUCACACACCUUUUUGAGAAGCUAGAUCAGGAAGAAACCGAAAAGAAAAGUUUGCAGAUGCAAAAUACUAAGGAAGUCUCACAUCAGAAAUCAGCUUCUGCAUUCUCAUACCAAAAGGUCUGGGAGAAAUUUAGAAGUCAAACUGAAGCAGAGCGUGAUCAGUUCUUAAGUGGCUCCUUCCCAGUUAAUUUUGACUGGUCUGUCUCCAGUGAGAGUUUUAAAGUGGAAGGUGGAUGGGCUGAACAUGGGAAGGGUGAGACCAUUUGGGACCGAUUUAGCCAUGAAGGUCAUGUCUUUGAAAAACAGACCACUGAUUUGGCCUGUGAUAGUUAUCACAAGGUGGACUAUGAUGUGUAUCUGCUUAGGGGCAUGAAGGCACCUAAUUAUCAGUUCUCAAUUUCAUGGGCUCGUAUUUUCUCUACUGGACGCAAAGAAAGUUUGCUUGAAAAAGGUGUUGCCUAUUAUGACAAGAUGAUUGAUACACUGCUACAAUCUGGCAUUGAGCCCACUGUUACCCUGCAUCACUGGGACCUUCCUCAAGCUCUGCAGGACUUAGGCGGCUGGGAAAAUGACUCUGUUGUGGACGCUUUCAAAGAAUUUUCUGACUUCUGCUUCUCUCAUUAUGGAGACAGAGUCAAAACAUGGAUCACCUUCGGCAGCCCGUGGGUAGUGAGCAACUUGGGGUAUGGAACAGGGGAACAUCCCCCGAGAGUGAAAGACCCAAUAAUCGCAUCUUACAAGGUGACACACAAUAUUGUAAAAUCUCAUGCUGAAGCCUGGCAUAUUUAUAAUGAUAAUUACAGAAAACUGCAGGGUGGAAAAGUGGGCAUUGCUCUUAAUUCCGAUUGGGCAGAGCCAAAUAAUCCCUCAAGUGAUCAGGAUGUAGCAGCAGCUGAGCGUUAUCUAAACUUCAUGCUAGGCUGGUUUGCUCAUCCCAUAUUUGUAGAUGGAGACUAUUCAACCGUGUUAAAGGAACAAAUUGAGGAAAAGAAAGCUUCAUGUGGUAAAGAGCUGGCCAGACUCCCUGUUUUCACUGAGGCUGAGAAACAAAGAAUUCGAGGCACAGCUGAUUUCUUUGGACUAAACCACUAUACUUCCCGAAUGAUUAGUGAGAGCUUGAAUAGUUGUGAUGCUGGACAGAAUAAUGUCGGGAACUUCCAGACUCAUAUUGACCCUACAUGGCCUCCCACAGUGUCUGAUCAGAUCCAGUCUGUUCCGUGGGGUCUUCGGAGAUUAUUGAACUACAUCUCUUUAGAGUACACAUCCAUCACAAAGGUGCCCAUCUACAUCACAGGAAAUGGAAUGCCAACUGAAUACAACGGUGAUGUGUUCAAGGACAAUAAGCGUGUUGACUAUCUCAAAGCCUACAUUAAUGAGGCAAUGAAAGCUGUUCUUUUGGAUGGAAUUGAUGUCCAGAGGUUUACAGUCCAGUCUCUAAUGGAUGGAUUUGAGGGUCCUCAAGGCUACAGUCAAAGAUUUGGGUUGCACUAUGUUUACUUUGAAGGUCCAGACAGACCAAGAACCCCUAAAGCAUCGGCAUAUUACUACUCAGAAGUGAUUGAGAGAAAUGGAUUUGCUGAAACUGAGUCAAAGGCUAAGAUGGAAAUACAGAAAAAUAAAAUUGGGAUCACAAGACUCCCUAGUCUGCCACCGUCUGAAAUUCCUUCAAAAUCCAAGGUUGUUUGGGAAAAGUUCUCCCCUCAGACCAAGUUUGAGAGACAGCUUUAUCACUACGGAACAUUUCCAGAAGGAUUCCUUUGGGGUGUCUCGUCUUCAGCAUAUCAGGUAGAAGGUGGCUGGAAUGCAGAUGGAAAAGGGCCAAGUGUUUGGGAUACUUUCGCACAAAAACCUGGUAGUAUCCCAAACAAUGACAAUGGUGAUGUUGCAUGUGAUAGUUAUAAUAAAAUAGAUGCAGAUCUAUACAUGCUGAGAGCCCUAAAAGUGAAAACUUACCGAUUCUCCUUGUCAUGGUCUCGAAUUUUUCCCAGCGGCUAUAAAUCUUCUCUUAACCAGAGGGGGGUGGACUAUUACAACAGGCUCAUAAAUGGUCUCAUAGCAAACAAUAUCACACCCAUGGUGACUCUCUACCACUGGGACCUGCCACAGGCUUUGCAGGACAUCAAUGGUUGGGACAACCCUGAAAUGGCUAAUAUAUUCAAUGAGUAUUGUGACUUCUGCUAUGCAACAUUUGGAGACAGGGUGAAGUUUUGGAUCACAUUUAAUGAACCCCAGACAAUUGCAUGGUCAGGAUAUGGACUGGGUCAGAUUCCGCCUAACAUGAAGCAACCUGGAGAUGCUCCAUACAGGGUUGCACACAACCUCCUGAAAGCUCAUGCACAAGCAUAUCACACUUAUGAUGAGAAGUACAGAGCAUCUCAAGGAGGUCUGGUAUCCAUUAGUCUGAACGCCGAAUGGGCAGAACCCCUAGACAUCAAUGUUCCUCGAGAGGUGGUGGCUGCUGAUCGAGCUCUUCAGUUCCAGCUUGGCUGGUUUGCACACCCCAUCUUUAAAAAUGGUGAUUAUCCUGAUGCUAUGAAGUGGCAGGUUGGGAACAAGAGUGAACUUCAAGGCUUAACAGAAUCCAGGUUGCCUUCUUUUACUGAUGAAGACAAAGCCUUUAUCCAAGGAACAGCUGAUGUAUUCUGCAUUAAUACAUACACUACCAAAGUUGUGCGUCAUGUGACCAGCAGACUCAAUAUAGAGUCUUAUGAAACUGACCAGGAUGUUGAAAAAGACAAUGCAGAUGGCUCUAUAAAUACAGCUGUUAAUGAGCAGAUGGCUGUUGCUUGGGGUAUCAGGAGACUUCUUAACUGGUUAAAGGAAGAGUAUGGAGACCUUGAGAUUUAUAUCACGGAAAAUGGUGUGGCUACAGGCAUUGACAUAACAGUUGAUGACACUGAUCGAAUAUUCUUCCUGAAGACCUAUGUUGAUGAAGCUCUUAAAGCGCACAAUCUGGAUGGAGUACGUGUCAAAGGUUACAUUGCUUCCUCUCUAAUGGACUCCUUUGAGUGGCUGAAAGGCUACACUGUUGGCUAUGGGCUUCACUACGUGAACUUUCAACUUUCAAGUCGGCCAAGAAGUCCAAAACGCUCCGCUCAUCUCUACUUUGACAUAAUUAAAAAUAAUGGCUUUCCAAUGACGGAGGAGGAAGAAAUGUUAUAUGGACAUUUCCCAGAGGGAUUUAUGUGGAGCACAGCAAGCGCUUCAUAUCAGAUAGAGGGCGCCUGGAGAGCUGAUGGAAAAGGUCUCAGCAUUUGGGACAAAUUUGCUCAUACUCCGGAAAAGAUAGAGCAGGAUGACAAUGGUGAUAUCGCCUGUGACAGCUACAACAAGAUCGCUGAGGAUAUCAAUAGUCUCAAAACACUGAGGGUCAGACACUACCGGUUUUCUAUUUCAUGGCCCAGAAUUAUGCCAGAUGGAACAAACAGUAAAAUUAAUGAAGCUGGACUCAACUACUAUCAUAGGCUAGUAGACGCUCUUUUGGAAGCCAAUAUCACUCCACAGGUGACUUUGUAUCACUGGGAUCUUCCACAAGCGCUCCAGGACGUUGGUGGCUGGGAGAGUGAGACCAUUGUUGAGAGGUUCAGAGACUACGCUGAUGUUGUAUUCAACAGUCUGGGAGACAAAGUGAAAUUCUGGAUCACUAUAAAUGAACCCUUCAUUGUUGCACUGCAUGGAUACGGACAUGGAAUUUUUGCACCGGGUAUAAAUGCUAAUCCCGGCACUGCACCAUAUAUUGCGGGACAUAACCUUCUGAAGGCUCAUGCUGAGGCCUGGCAUUUAUAUAAUGACAAGUAUCGUGCAAAACAAGGUGGCGUCAUUGGCAUCACAAUAAACUCUGACUGGGCUGAACCAAGAAACCCAUACAAACAAGAAGAUGUGGAUGCUGCCAUGCGCGUAGUUCAGUUCAUGUUGGGUUGGUUUGCUCAUCCCGUGUUCAAUGGAGAUUACAGCGAUUUAAUGAAGAACACUAUUCGAGAGAGAAGUUUAGCAGCUGGUCGACCACAAUCAAGGCUUCCAGAAUUUUCCCCUGCAGAAGUAGCGAGGAUAAAGGGAACUCAUGAUUAUUUUGGAUUGAACCACUACACCACUGUCUUAGCUUUUUACGUUGACUUUCAGAACCAAGAGCAUUAUGAUGCAGACAGGGGUGCAGCAGUUAUAAGCGAUCGUACGUGGCUGGAAUCUGGAUCCGACUGGUUGAAAGUUAAUCCCAUGGGAUUCAGAAGGAUUCUGAAAUUCAUUAAAGAUGAAUAUGGAAACCCUCCUGUUUUCGUUACAGAGAAUGGAGUAUCAGAACGAGGUCCAGUAGAUCUAAAUGACGUCCUCCGAAUCCACUACUAUGAAAACUAUAUCAAUAAUGCCCUGAAAGCGUAUUUGCUGGAUGGAGUAGACAUCCGUGGCUACGCUGCCUGGUCACUAAUGGACAAUCUGGAAUGGACGAUGGGUUAUCAAGAAAGAUUUGGCCUUUUCUAUGUAAAUCGGUCAGAUCCUUCUUUAUCACGUAUUCCUAAGAAAUCUGUCUGGCACUAUGCUACAAUAACCAGCUGCAAUGGCUUCAUAAGUCCAGGAGAAAGUCCACAUGACUGUCAGAUCCAUGAACCUGAAGGUACUACUCCUCCAUCUCCUCCUGGUGAGGAACAUUUGGUUAGUUUCUUAGGUUUGGAAGUGUCAGGUUCUGAUGCUACACUGGGUCUUAAUGUCCUCUUCAGUCUCACCGUUAUUGCAGCAGUCGCUGUUGCCAUCAUGGCAUAUGGACUUCUCAAGGCAUCUAAGAAAAAAAAACGUCCUGUAGAGGAGUGCAUUGACCUUGAGAACAAAUGCAAAUUCUGUUUGUUGGCUGUUUUUUGGAGCUCCACUAAUGCAGAGCAACAGGACUUCAUGUUACUAGCUGGCCCUCUGAAAACCAGCCAGACUUCACCACCACAUGAAGACAAUGCAUUUAACUGUGGAGGUCCACUGCCUCAACAAUCCAGAUCCUACUUUCAGUUCCUUCAGAGCAAAGGGGUGACCCACUUUAAAGUCCCCCUCUCCUGGUCACGCAUCCUUCCCUCAGGUGAUCCCAACCAGCCACAUGAAGACACUGUGAAGUGCUACAAGAUACUCGUGCAGCAGCUGACUGAAUCAGGCAUCAAACCUCUGCUGGUUCUCCAUCGUUCUGCUGUACCAGAAGACUUCAGAGCCAGAUUUGGAGGUUGGGAAAAUCCAUUACUGGUGCAGAUGUUUGAGCAGUAUGCAGGAUUUGUCUUCACUACAUUUAGGGACCUUGUGGACACGUUCAUUACCUUCAGUCACCUGCACGAGCUACAUGAACACUUUUUGUCUGUUGGGAUCAGAGCCAGUGAUAUUAACUCCAUUUAUCAAAUAGGUACUAAAAUCAUGGCAUAUGUGGAUUUCAUCUCUCUGCACAUGCAGUACAAUUGCAAAUUGAAGACACCUCUUACAGAGGAAUUGAGGAAGUUACAGGUUGGCAGUGGCCAAAAGCCCAUCCUUAUGUAUCAGCUGACAGUCGAAGACUGUGAUGGAAAUGAAGAUCAUUUUCAACCACUUCAUGCAGUUUUUGAAGUUUUACAGAACAAAGAUCUUCACAUCAUGGGCUGUGACAUCACACAUCUAUUUGAGAAGCUAAAUCAGGAAGAAACCGAAAAGAAAAGUUUGCAGAUGCAAAAUACUAAGGAAGUCUCACAUCAGAAAUCAGCUUCUGCAUUCUCAUACCAAAAGGUCUGGGAGAAAUUUAGAAGUCAAACUGAAGCCGAGCGUGAUCAGUUUUUAAGUGGCUCCUUCCCAGUUAAUUUUGACUGGUCUGUCUCCAGUGAGAGUUUCAAAGUGGAAGGUGGAUGGGCUGAACAUGGGAAGGGUGAGACCAUUUGGGACCGAUUUAGCCAUGAAGGCCAUGUCUUUGAAAACCAGACCACUGAUUUGGCCUGUGAUAGUUAUCACAAGGUGGACUAUGAUGUGUAUCUGCUUAGGGGCAUGAAGGCACCUAAUUAUCAGUUCUCAAUUUCAUGGGCUCGUAUUUUCUCCACCGGACGCAAAGAAAGUUUGCUUGAAAAAGGUGUUGCCUAUUAUGACAAGAUGAUUGAUACACUGCUACAAUCCGGCAUUGAGCCCACUGUUACCCUGCAUCACUGGGACCUUCCUCAAGCUCUGCAGGACUUAGGCGGCUGGGAAAAUGACUCUGUUGUGGACGCUUUCAAAGAAUUUUCUGACUUCUGCUUCUCUCAUUAUGGAGACAGAGUCAAAACAUGGAUCACCUUCGGCAGCCCGUGGGUAGUGAGCAACUUGGGGUAUGGAACAGGGGAACAUCCCCCGAGAGUGAAAGACCCAAUAAUCGCAUCUUACAAGGUGACACACAAUAUUCUAAAAUCACAUGCUGAAGCCUGGCAUAUUUAUAAUGAUAAUUACAGAAAACUGCAGGGUGGAAAAGUGGGCAUUGCUCUUAAUUCCGAUUGGGCAGAGCCAAGUAAUCCCUCAAGUGAUCAAGAUGUAGCAGCAGCUGAGCGUUAUCUAAACUUCAUGCUAGGCUGGUUUGCUCAUCCCAUAUUUGUAGAUGGAGACUAUUCAACCGUGUUAAAGGAACAAAUUGAGGAAAAGAAAGCUUCAUGUGGUAAAGAGCUAGCCAGACUGCCUGUUUUCACUGAGGCUGAGAAACAAAGAAUUCGAGGCACAGCUGAUUUCUUUGGACUAAACCACUAUACUUCCCGAAUGAUUAGUGAGAGCUUGAAUAGUUGUGAUGCUGGACAGAAUAAUGUCGGGGACUUCCAGACUCAUAUUGAUCCUACAUGGCCCCCUACAGUGUCUGAUCAGAUCCAGUCUGUUCCGUGGGGUCUUCGGAGAUUAUUGAACUACAUCUCUUUAGAGUACACAUCCAUCACAAAGGUGCCCAUCUACAUCACAGGAAAUGGAAUGCCAACUGAAUACAAUGGUGAUGUGUUCAAUGACAAUAAUCGUGUUGACUAUCUCAAAACCUACAUUAAUGAGGCAAUGAAAGCUGUACUUUUGGAUGGAAUUGAUGUUCAGAGGUUUACAGUCCAGGCUCUAAUGGAUGGAUUUGAGGGUCCUCAAGGCUACAGUCAACGAUUUGGGUUGCACCAUGUGGACUUUGAAGAUCCUGACAGACCAAGAACCCCAACAUCAGCAUAUUACUACUCAGAAGUGAUUGAGAGAAAUGGAUUUGCAGAGACUACGACAAAGGCUAAGAUGCAGAUGUAUGGAAAUGAAAUUGGAAUCACAAGACUUCCUAGACUGCUGCCAUCUGAAGUUCCUUCAAAAUCCAAGGUUGUUUGGGAAAAGUUCUCCCCUCAGACCAAGUUUGAGAGACAGCUUUAUCACUACGGAACAUUUCCAGAAGGAUUCCUUUGGGGUGUCUCGUCUUCAGCAUAUCAGGUAGAAGGUGGCUGGAAUGCAGAUGGAAAAGGGCCAAGUGUUUGGGAUACUUUCGCUCAAAAACCUGGUAGUAUCCCAAACAAUGACAAUGGUGAUGUUGCAUGUGAUAGUUAUAACAAAAUAGAUGCAGAUCUACACAUGCUGAGCCUAAAAGUGAAAACUUACCGAUUCUCCUUGUCAUGGUCUCGAAUUUUUCCCAGCGGCUAUAAAUCUUCUCUUAACCAGAGGGGGGUGGACUAUUACAACAGGCUCAUAAAUGGUCUCAUAGCAAACAAUAUCACACCAAUGGUGACGCUCUACCACUGGGACCUGCCACAGGCUUUGCAGGACAUCAAUGGUUGGGACAACCCUGAAAUGAUUAAUAUAUUCAAUGAGUAUUGUGACUUCUGCUAUGCAACAUUUGGAGACAGGGUGAAGUUUUGGAUCACAUUUAAUGAACCCCAGACAAUUGCAUGGUCAGGAUAUGGACUGGGGCAGAUUCCGCCUAACAUGAAGCAACCUGGAGAUGCUCCAUACAGGGUUGCACACAACCUCCUGAAAGCUCAUGCACAAGCAUAUCACACUUAUGAUGAGAAGUACAGGGCAUCUCAAGGAGGUCUGGUAUCCAUUAGUCUGAAUGCCGAAUGGGCAGAACCCCAAGACAUCAAUGUUCCUCGAGAGGUGGUGGCUGCUGAUCGAGCUCUUCAGUUCCAGCUUGGCUGGUUUGCACACCCCAUCUUUAAAAAUGGUGAUUAUCCUGAUGCUAUGAAGUGGCAGGUUGGGAACAAGAGUGAACUUCAAGGCUUAACCGAAUCCAGGUUACCUUCUUUUACUGAUGAAGACAAAGCCUUUAUCCAAGGAACAGCUGAUGUAUUCUGCAUUAAUACAUACACUACCAAAGUUGUGCGUCAUGUGACCAGCAGACUCAAUAUAGAGUCUUAUGAAACUGAUCAGGAUGUUGAAAAAGACAAUGCAGAUGGCUCUGAAAAUACAGCUGUUAAUGAGCAAAAGGCUGUAGCCUGGGGUAUCAGGAGACUUCUUAACUGGUUAAAGGAAGAGUAUGGAGACCCUGAGAUUUAUAUCACAGAAAAUGGUGUGGCUACAGGCACUGCUAUAACAGUUGAUGACACUGAUCGAAUAUUCUUCCUGAAGACCUAUGUUGAUGAAGCUCUUAAAGCGCACAAUCUGGAUGGAGUACGUGUCAAAGGUUACAUUGCUUCCUCUCUAAUGGACUCCUUUGAGUGGCUGAAAGGCUACACUGUUGGCUAUGGGCUUCACUACGUGAACUUUAAACAUUCAAGUCGUCCAAGAACUCCAAAGCGCUCUGCUCACCUCUACUUUGACAUAAUGAGAAAUAAUGGCUUUCCACUGCCAACCGAAGAAGAAAUGUUAUAUGGACAUUUCCCAGAGGGAUUUAUAUGGAGCACAGCAACUGCUGCCUAUCAGAUAGAGGGCGCCUGGAGAGCCGAUGGAAAAGGUCUCAGCAUUUGGGACAAAUUUGCUCAUACUGCUUUAAAGAUAUCGCUGGAUGAAAAUGGUGAUAUCGCCUGUGACAGCUACAACAAGAUCGCUGAGGAUAUCAAUAGUCUCAAAACACUCAGGGUCAACCACUAUCGAUUUUCUAUUUCAUGGCCAAGAAUUAUGCCAGAUGGAACAAACAGUAAAAUUAAUGAAGCUGGACUCAACUACUAUCAUAGGCUAGUAGAUGCUCUUUUGGCAGCCAAUAUCAAACCACAGGCGACUUUGUAUCACUGGGAUCUUCCACAAGCACUCCAGGAUGUUGGUGGUUGGGAGAAUGACACCAUUGUUGAGAGAUUCAGAGACUAUGCUGAUGUUGUAUUCAACAGUCUGGGAGACAAAGUAAAGUUCUGGAUCACUAUAAAUGAACCCUACAAUGUUGCAAUGGUGGGACAUGGCUAUGGAAGUGCAGCACCAGGUAUAAGUUUCAGACCAGGCACUGCACCAUAUAUUGUGGCACACAAUCUAAUCAAGGCUCAUGCUGAGGCCUGGCAUGUAUAUAAUGACAAGUAUCGUGCAAAACACGGUGGCAUAGUUGGCAUCACUAUAAACUCUGACUGGGCUGAACCAAGAAAUCCAUACAAACAAGAAGACGUGGAUGCUGCCAUUCGUGUAGUCCAGUUCCAGAUUGGUUGGUUUGCUCAUCCCGUGUUCAAUGGAGAUUACAGUGAUUUAAUGAAGGACAUUAUUCGAGAUAGAAGUUUAGCAGCUGGCCGACCAAAAUCAAGGCUUCCAGAAUUUACCCCUGCAGAAGUAGCGAGGAUAAAGGGAACACAUGAUUAUUUUGGAUUCAACCACUACACCACUGUCUUAGCCUAUAACCUGGACUACAAGAACCUUGAGCAUUAUGAUGCAGACAGGGGGGCAGGAACAGUUACGGAUCGUACAUGGCUGGAUUCUGGCUCCUUCUGGUUGAAAGUAACUCCUGUGGGAUUCAGAAAAAUUCUAAAUUUCAUCAAGGAGGAAUAUGGAGACCCUCCUAUUUACAUUACAGAGAACGGAGUAUCAGAACGAGGGUCAAUGAAUCUGAAUGAUGUUCACCGAAGCCACUACUAUGAUAACUAUAUCAAUCAGGCCCUGAAAGCGUAUUUGCUGGAUGGAGUAGACAUCCGUGGCUACGCUGCCUGGACACUAAUGGACAAUCUGGAAUGGGCGACGGGUUUUGAUGAAAAAUUCGGCUUUUUCUAUGUAAAUCGAUCAGAUGCUUCAUUACCACGUAUUCCCAAGAAAUCUGUCUGGCACUACGCUACGAUAAUCAACUGCAAUGGCUUCAUAAGUCCAGGAGAAAGUCCACAUGACUGUCAGAUCCAUGAACCUGAUGUUGACAUCCCAGGUACUACUCCUCCAUCUCCUCCUGGUGAGGAACCUUUGGUUAGUUUCUUAGGUUUGGAAGUGUCAGGUCCUGAUGCUACACUGGCUCUAAAUGUCCUCUUCAGUCUCACCGUUAUUGCAGCAGUUGCUGUUGCCCUCUUGGUGUAUGGACUUGUCAAGACAUCUAAGAAAAAAAAACGUCCUGUAGAGGAGUACAUUGACCUUGAGAAGAAGGAUAAGUUCUGAACAUAACACCUGCUUUUCCAAUACAUUAUAUAUCUGUCACAUGUAUAUGAAUUCACUGACAGUCUAUUUAAAUGCAUACAGUAGAUUGUUCAGUUAUGUGUUUUUUAAUGCUUUGCAUCUAUUUAUGUAGAUGCUGAUUU